AUGGCCAGACGAAGACUAGUCAUGCGCCCCUUCACCGCCAUCGACGCGACGAGGUCAACGGCCAAAGCCAUGGCCACCAAGCGUGUCCGCAACAGCAACAGAAUUGAAGUGCGUCGGGGCACGCGAUGCGGUUCGGUGACGUGUGGUCAUGUAGUUCGCGGCCACCACGGCCCCCCUCAUCUCUACCUCCAUGGCCACGUCCUCAACCAGCGGCGCCCUGACCUCAUCACCGGCCAUGGCGCCGCAGCCACCAGGCUCAAGCGUCUGCUCUUCUCCCUGGACCCUUUGCUAGCCGACGUCACCCUGGGCCGAUCCAGGCAGUUGGGCGGGGGUGUGGAUGUGUAG